ACGUGGCUCAGUCUUUUAAGAGCGCGCGAGAUACUUUGCAGACGCGCUCUGAGUUUUGUUUCCCUUUAGGGUGUGGUAAGCACUGUCUUUUUGUUCUGUACUUUCGUAUCUGCCAAGAAAAGUGACCAGAGCUCCGGAGCUUCUGCAUUCUUUCGAAAGAAACCUGUUCCAGCUAUUUGCAAAUCUCUCCAGGGUCCUGUGCCCGACUCCCAUGCUGAGCCAGCCCUGCACGCGGUAAGUGAGCCCCGCGCCUGGCCGGCAUGCUGCUGCCUGUCUUGGCGGGGCUCGCCUUCUCCGCGUGGGGGGCAGCGGGCGCCCAGGAGAGCCUCCCGGGGAGCCGUUUCAUGUGUACCUCGCUGCCGCUGGAUGCUGCCAGCCCGGGCUGCCCGCUACCUCCCAUCCCCAUGCAAGGGGCCGGUCUUCUCCCCGAAGAGGAGCUGAAGGCCAUUGUCCUGCAGCUGCGGGAGACCAUCCUGCAGCAGAAGGAGACCAUCGGCAACCAGCGGGAGACCAUCCGGGAGCUGACUGCCAAGCUCAGCCGCUGCGAGAGCCCCGAUGGCAAAGCCGGUACCUGGACGAAAGAGUUUGGUAAAGGCAAAGACACCAUGGGCGACUUGCCCCGGGAUCCCGGCCAGAUCAUUGACCAGCUCAGCCGCACCAUGCAGACCCUCAAGGAUCGCCUGGAGAAUCUGGAGCAUCAGCUCCGAGCCAAUGUGUCGUAUGCAGCCCUACCUAAUGAGCACCGAGAGAUGCUUCAGAGGAGGCUGGGAGAUUUAGAGCACCAGCUUUUGAGCAAAGUGGCAGAACUGGAGAAUGAGAAAUAUCUGCUUCACAAUGAGACUUCCACACAUCGGCAAAGGACAGAGGCAGCCUUAAAUGCACUUCUUGAAAGAGUUUCUGAAUUAGAAAGAGGUACCAGCGCUUUUAAAUCGCCCGAUGAAUUUAAAGUCUCCCUUCCUCUUCGCACCAAUUAUUUGUAUGGGAAGAUCAAGAAGACACUCCCCGAGCUGUAUACCUUCACUGUGUGCUUGUGGUUGAAGUCGAGCACCUCACCUGGAAUAGGGACGCCUUUCUCCUAUGCUGUCCCUGGGCAGGCUAAUGAGGUUGUGUUGAUACAGUGGGAAAAUAACCCCAUUGAACUGCUCAUUAAUGACAACGUUGCCCAGCUCCCACUUUUCAUUAGUGAUGGAAAAUGGCACCACAUCUGCAUCACAUGGACGACGAGGGACGGAAUGUGGGAGGCCUUCCAAGAUGGAGAGAAACUUGGCAUGGGGGAUAAUUUAGCCCCUUGGCACCCCAUUAAGCCAGGAGGGAUUCUAAUUCUUGGUCAGGAGCAGGACACUGUUGGAGGAAGAUUUGAUGCAACUCAAGCUUUUGUUGGGGAGAUGAGUCAGUUCAAUAUAUGGGACAGAGUAUUAAAGCCUGAGGACAUCAUGAAUAUCGCUAACUGCUCCACCAACAUGCCUGGCAACAUCAUCCCUUGGGUCAACAACAACGUGGAAGUGUUUGGAGGUGCAGCUAAAUGGCCCGUAGAGACAUGCGAAGAGCGUUUGCUCGAUUUAUAGACAUGACCAUUUCCCACUGAAGUGCCCCAUUUUUAUUAAGACUAUCUCUCAUGAGGUCUGAUGUUUGUGCCCUUGAAUUAUCCCUAUCUUUAAUUACUCCUUAGUAAACUACCAGGGUAUAUGAGGCACAUCCAGGAAUGUCUGAAUCAGCCUCACUUAAAUGAAUGGGAGAUGUAUAAGAUCAUACCUGCACAUCUUUGAUUCCUUUCAGUGGAGCUCCUACAGAAGAGGUUCAUGGUUGAUUAGGUCCAUUGUUUGUGUGGGUUACUGGCAUGAGGUUGAAACAUGAUUGAGCUCUCCAACUUGAGUGGUAGAUCCUGCUAUAGAUCCAUUCCAAAGCUCACUGUGAUCAGAAAUAAUUCCUUUUGGUGUGAAGCCAGUAGAGACUGGUGGCUCUGAUGUCAGUGGGGCAUUGAAUACACUCUGAGUUGUAGUCUGAACUUUCAAUAAGCUGUCCAAGGUGCUGAAAAAUAUUCUCCAAAUAGGUACAGAACCUUGGACAGCUUCUUGGAUAUUUGGAUUAAACCCCAGAGUGGAUUCACUACCCCAGUGACAUCGGAGCCACCGAUCUCCAAUAUCUGGAGCAGAAGCCCAUUUUUUGUGCAAAGAUUUUAUCCCUAUGUAGUGAUAGAAUGCAUCCACUCCUAACAACACAUGGUGUGAGAUAAAGCCCAAAUCUUGUAGGGGUUAAGUCUAAGGACUUGUACACAAUUGGUUGCUCCAAUAAAUUCAUACUGUCUCCCACUGAGGUUGGUAUAGCCAGCCCUGGGUUUGCAGCCAAAUGCAGGGAUGGGGGCACUUGCAGAGGGGAAAUGAUGGAUGGGAAGGAAGGUUGCUUAACCCAGGGUGAGGAACCUCAGACCCUGAGGCUAAAUGUGGCCCUCCAGGCUUCUCUAUCUGGAGCUCAGAACUUUCCCCAGGUCACACACACCCUCCCCAUGCCAUAGGCCUCACCACCUCUGCAUUGCAUCCUCCUUGAGUGCUUUUGCCUGGCUAGAAUGUGUCCUUGAACUCUGAUCAUGUCUCUUGUUUGCCUAAAUGGAGGCUAGAGAGGGCGUAUAGAAACCAGCCUGCUGUACAGAGGUAAAAGCUACAUUUGUCUCUCCACCCACUUGCCUCUUGUCACACCCACCACUGGGAGGUGGCCCUUGGAAGGUUGUUCAGAAAGAAAUGGGCGAAAAAGGUCCCCCCCCCCUUGGCUUAAUCUAUCCUCUGCCACUGCAACACUUUCCUCAUGCAGUACCUCCCCUUUGCAUCACCUCUUUUCCCCAGAUGUUUUUCCCUGGAUCUCAGAGUCUGGCUGUGUAGGCAGGAACAUGGGCUUCUGACGCAGAAGCAGUGAGCAGAAGGAUCGUUAAAUGUCAUCCUUCUCCAUUGCACAUCC